AUGUACGUAGUGAAGCGCGACGGGAAGCAGGAAACUGUUCACUUCGACAAAAUCACAGCGCGGCUGAAGAAGCUUAGCUAUGGGCUUAGCAGCGAUCACUGCGACCCUGUCCUCGUCGCUCAGAAAGUCUGUGCCGGUGUUUACAAAGGCGUCACCACCAGCCAACUCGACGAGUUAGCCGCCGAGACUGCUGCUGCUAUGACCGCUAACCACCCUGAUUACGCCUCCCUGGCUGCAAGGAUUGCUGUCUCCAAUCUCCACAAGAACACUAAGAAAUCAUUUUCCGAGACGAUUGAGGACAUGUACAGACAUGUCAACGAGAGAUCUGGACUUAAGGCUCCUCUAAUUGCAGACGAUGUAUAUCAGAUCAUUACGAAGAAUGCUAGUCGUCUGGACAGUGAGAUCAUCUAUGAUCGCGAUUUUGAGUAUGAUUACUUCGGAUUCAAAACGCUUGAGAGAUCAUACCUCUUGAAGGUCCAUGGAAAAGUGGUUGAGAGGCCACAACAUAUGCUCAUGAGGGUUUCUGUUGGCAUUCACAAGGAGGAUAUUGAUUCCGCAAUCCAAACUUACCAUUUGAUGUCUCAGCGAUGGUUCACUCAUGCAUCUCCUACUCUAUUCAACUCAGGAACGCCACGAGCUCAAUUGAGCAGCUGCUUUCUCAUCUGCAUGAAGGAUGAUAGUAUCGAGGGAAUAUAUGACACGUUGAAAGAGUGUGCUGUUAUAAGUAAAUCAGCUGGGGGUAUUGGUGUUUCUGUUCACAAUAUCCGCGCUACUGGAAGUUACAUUCGUGGCACAAAUGGAGCAUCUAAUGGUAUUGUUCCAAUGCUGCGGGUGUUCAAUGAUACUGCUCGUUAUGUAGAUCAAGGAGGUGGCAAGAGGAAAGGAGCCUUUGCUGUAUACCUGGAGCCAUGGCAUGCUGACAUUUUUGACUUUCUGGAACUCCGUAAGAAUCAUGGAAAGGAGGAACACAGGGCUAGAGACUUGUUUUAUGGUCUUUGGAUACCGGAUCUUUUUAUGGAGAGAGUCCAGAGUGAUGGACAUUGGUCACUGUUUUGUCCCAACGAAGCUCCAGGUUUGGCUGAUUGUUGGGGUGCAGAAUUUGAGAACUUGUACACUAAGUACGAGAAGGAGGGUAAGGCUAAGAAGGUUGUCCAGGCACAGCAGCUUUGGUACGAGAUUUUGACAUCCCAAGUAGAAACAGGGACACCUUAUAUGCUUUUCAAGGAUUCAUGUAACAGGAAAAGCAAUCAGCAAAAUCUUGGUACCAUAAAGUCUUCCAAUUUAUGCACUGAAAUCAUCGAAUACACUAGUCCAACAGAAACUGCUGUGUGCAAUCUCGCCUCUAUCGCUUUACCCCGAUUCGUAAGAGAGAAGGAUGUUCCCUUGGCCUCACAUCCAUCUAAGAUUGUAGGCAGUUUGGGCUCAAAGAAUCGUUAUUUUGAUUUCGAUAAGCUAGCAGAGGUGACUGCAACAGUUACUGUUAAUCUUAAUAAGAUAAUAGAUGUGAAUUACUAUCCUGUGGAGACUGCCAAAACUUCAAACAUGCGUCAUAGGCCUAUCGGUAUUGGUGUGCAAGGACUUGCCGAUGCAUUUAUCCUUCUUGGAAUGCCGUUUGAUUCUCCUGAGGCUCAACAACUGAACAAAGACAUAUUUGAAACCAUGUACUACCAUGCUCUCAAGUCAUCUUCAGAGAUUGCUACCAGGGAAGGUACAUAUGAGACAUACCAAGGAAGUCCCGUGAGCAAGGGAAUUCUUCAACCUGAUAUGUGGAAUGUAGUUCCUUCGGACCGCUGGGACUGGGCUGCACUCAGGGAUAUGAUUUCAAAGAAUGGUAUCAGAAAUUCUCUUUUGGUGGCACCAAUGCCAACUGCUUCCACCAGCCAGAUCCUUGGGAAUAAUGAAUGUUUUGAACCGUAUACCUCAAACAUUUAUAGUCGUAGAGUCUUGAGUGGUGAAUUCGUAGUAGUGAACAAGCAUCUUCUUCACGAUUUGACUGAUAUGGGACUCUGGUCUCCUACGCUGAAGAACAAGAUAAUAUACGAGAAUGGUUCUAUUGUAAACGCCCCGGAGAUACCCGAUGACCUGAAAGCAAUUUACAGGACUGUCUGGGAGAUAAAACAGAGAACAGUGGUUGACAUGGCCGUUGAUCGUGGUUGCUUUAUAGAUCAAAGUCAAAGUCUGAAUAUACACAUGGACAAACCCAACUUUGCAAAACUCACUUCUUUACACUUCCACACUUGGAAAAAGGGAUUGAAAACGGGAAUGUACUACCUGCGAUCACGUGCUGCAGCAGAUGCGAUAAAGUUCACAGUAGACACUGGAAUGCUAAAGUUGAAGCCUAAUGCAUCUGAAGACGGAGAAGGAACAGAAGAAGGAGAAGAAGAAGACAGCGAGGCGAAGAUGGCGCAGAUGGUUUGCUCCUUGACAAACCCUGAGGAGUGUCUCUCCUGUGGAAGUUAA